UCAUUGCCAGCUUCGCGUUUGGAGAGAGCUCUAGACCCGUAUGAUACUCGUUUGGAAGGGUUUAUUGUAUGGACUGAUUAACUAUUAUUAAAGGAGAUUAAUCUAAAUAGAUUCCAACGCAAUGGCAAAUAUUAUAACGUUUCAGACGCAAAUCGCUUCAGUUAUGGAAGUACUCGCAAACGCCGCUGUGGCAGAAAUCUGCAAACUUGUUGAGGACAGCUAUACCGAAUUGCAGCUUGAAAUAUCUCAAACUGAAAAGGAAAAUAACCUCCUUAAAAAGAAAUUGAAAGUACUAGAAAUCCGGGAUUCGUUUUAUAGAAGAGCGCACAAACUGAGAAACGAAUCAACUGCCUUGACAAAAACAGGUGUUCACGAAAAAGCAUCAGGGCGAAUUAGUGUGAAAAUUGCUUCGCUGUGUAAUGAAGUUAGGGAUGAAGAUGAAGCUCGCUCCGGUAAAGUCUCGCAUCUUCAACCCGAAAGACUAGACCAGUCUGUAGAAGAUAACGAGCCAGAUGUCCUCCUUAUUAAAGAAGAGAGACCUGGCAACAUGAGGUGUGAACAGUCAGAAAGAGAAACAGAGACUACUGAAAAACGUAAAGAUGACAACCAGUACAGGAGUGCAGGAGUCUUUGUAAAAGUUCACAGAGAAAACUUAAUCGACCAGAACACAGUCCAGCACUGCCAUCAAGAGUCUGUAGUGGAUGAUCAGCCAGAUGUUCUCAUUAUUAAAGAGGAGAGACCUGACAGCAUGAGGUGUGAACAGUCAGAAAGAGAAACAGAGACUGCUGAAAACCACAACACACAGUACGGGAGUGCAGGAGUUUUAGUAACUGUCCACAGGGAUAACUUCAUAGACCAGGACACGGUUCAGCACUGCCAUCAAGAGUCCAAUGGAAUGCAACCUGAUCUCCUUGAGGACGAAAACCCAGAAAUGAAUGAAAUGGGUGAAGAUGCACAUUUACCAAAUAGUGAAACCAGAAUGGAGAGACAUUGUGAUGGAGAUGCAGGGACUAACCUGCAGCCUGUCCCUUCCUAUCCCUCAUGGGUUUCCAGGAGAUUUAACAAAACCACAAAUCAUGCCUCUUAUGCUGAAUCUGAAUGCAACGGAGGACCUUCUGUGAAUCAGUUUUUGGUGUACAGAGGGAACGCAGAUCCCACGUGUUCCUAUGCAACUCCAAUGGACUGUAAUGGCUUGUCUGUGCCUGAUAUGGAAGGCCAUUUAACACACGGCGAUGAAGGUAACGUCAUUUCUCAAUCCGAACGGUCCGCUUUCACACAGUGCUUUUCUUUCAAACAGUCAGACACGCCUCAGAUGCAAAGGAAAGACAAGUUUAUGUGUAAACAUUGUGGAAAAGCGUUCUCACAACCCAACACUCUCCUUUUGCAUCAAAAACUUCAUAACAGGGAGAGGCUUCACCACUGUACACUCUGCGGUAAGCGAUUUAGUCAGGCGUCUAGUCUCAAAAGACACCAUAGCAUCCACAGAGGAGAAAAACCAUUCAGAUGCGUGCACUGUGGCAAGCAGUUCGCAGAUCAAAGUAACCUCAAAAAACAUGUGACUGUUCACACCGGUGAAAAGCCUUAUGGCUGUAACCUUUGUGGGAAAAUGUUCAACCAGUCUUCAAACCUCAAAACACACAUGAGGAUCCACACACGUGAGAAGCCUUUUGGUUGCGAUCGAUGUGGACGGAUGUUUGCACACAAGUACAUUUUGGUGAAACACCAACAGAGAAUGUGUGUGUCUACUGGACAAUUCUAGACUUCACAAGAUAGAGAAUACUCACAUUGGUACCUAUCAUUAAUUUAAAUAUUAUUAUACAUAGAUCUACUGUGUUCUUGUGGCUGAUUACAUUGGAAUGGGAGAUGCAUUGGUGCACAUUAUUCCAAAAAGACAAGUGUAAUAAUGGAAAUGGUUUCUUUUUUUGGUGGUUAACAUUAACUACUUCCUGCAAACCACCUGGUUCCUUUCUGAAACGCCCACUUUUGAUGAUCCAAGCAAUACCUAAUAGAUGAAAUCAAGUCCUUACACUUUUUCUCAUUGAAUAUCUUGUUUCACUGGGAUGCAACAGAUUUCUGAAGAACGCAGGGUUGCAUUAGCAUUUCAUGUUGCAUUUCUUUCAACCUGAUCUCACAGAAUUCCGUGUAAUGUUCACGGACUUAAUUAACGUCCGAAUCUGUGGUGGCAUCACGGAAUCGCCGAAAAUUCCUUGCUGGGUUUACAGAAGGCAUCAGCCGUGGUCCAUGCACGGAUUCACUGGUUCAACACCAGCGCUGCAUCGGACCACGUAAAAAGAGUGACUCCGAUGCAGUUAUACUUUCACUGGAGUACCUGACCCCACCCCUACCCUAAACCUACCCAGUUCUGAACAAUAAUGAUGACGAUAAAUUAUUGCGUCGGCAUAUUUAAAGUGUUGAACCAGUGGAUCCGUGCGUGGAGCACGGCUGAUGCCUGUCACUGACUUACAUUGGUAUCACUUCUGUGAGCCCAUCACGGAUUUUUUUCUGUGAGUCCAUCACGGAAUUUUCGGUGAUUCCGUGAUGCCACCACAGAUUCGGAGGUUAAUUAAAUCCGUGAACAUUACACGGAAUUCUGUGAGAUCAUGUUGAUUUCUUUCUUUGCUAUGUUGCAAUGUAGCUUACAGUUGAUUAAAACACAAUUUUCAAAUAUUAUUUCUACAUUAAUUGGAAGAAAUGUGAAAGAUUUUUGUAGACAUUUAACUUAAAAAGACUGCUAAAUCCAGUUAUGGAACAUCAGUAACAUUAAUGUUAAUAAAUUCAUGCACCUUCAGCAAAGGAUCUCUGAUCAUUGCCUAGAAAAUGGACAUCUGCUUCUCAAAUAUCAUUCUAGCAUAGGUUACAUUGUCUGCAUUAAAACUGCUAU